AUGAAAAUUAUUUCCCUUCUAAGUCUCCUAGGCGGGUUACACGGUGCUGCCGCACAUUAUGUCUUCGCAAAGCUUUCGCUCAAUGGUGGGCCCGUGAGCCAUGUAUGGCAAUACAUAAGGAAUCUUACAGACGGCUAUGCAUACUCUGAAAUCAACGGUUAUCAUGGUAACUUUGUACCUUACUACGACAUGUACGAUCCAAACAUCCGUUGCGGGCGUGGUGCGGCGGCGCAUGGUCCUGGAACUGAGACCUUAGCGGUCAACGCCGGCGACGAGCUCGCUUUCUUUUCUACAAUUCGAAACGAGUACACGGGCGUUGAGGAAGAUACUCUCAUCAGCCACGAAGGCCCCGGGCAAGCAUACCUCUCGAAGUCCCCCGCGGAACUAGAUGCCUAUACCGGAGAUGGGGACUGGUUCAAGAUCGGAUCUGUUGGGGCGUUCAAUGAUACACGCUGGGCUCUGAUAUCCAAACCCUCAAUGAAUUUUACGAUCCCAAAAACAACGCCACCUGGAAAGUACCUAAUGCGGGUUGAACAUAUCUUCUCUUUCAGCUCCAAAUUCAACGAUACUCAGUUUUAUGUCUCAUGUGCUCAGAUCGACGUUAAAGGCCCUGGAGGAGGUAAUCCAGGACCACUGGUGAAGUUCCCAGGCGCUUAUGAUGUCUUCGAUCACGCUCUUUGGGUACCGUAUCACAUUGGGGCAAUAAAGGCGUGGAAUUUAACAGGCUAUGUUGCUCCGGGACCUUCGGUCUGGAGUGGGUAGAUGAUAUUGGAAGCGUUAUCGAAGAG